AUGAAAAGGAGUUAUACCAAAAGAGUGAAGACUGUCCAGACGGCUCUAUCGAGAGCGAACGCAUGUUCCGCGCUCGGCCAAAGCUCGUCCGUCCGACUGAAGUCUCGGCCAAAGUCCAAAACCACUCGGCCGAUCACGCAUCACGACCCGGGAAACAGCCCGCGGUCGGCCACGCCACACGCCACGCCAACCGCGCACGACCAAAGCGCGCGAGCCGGGAAAAGCCUCGCGGCCGCGCAACUCGUUCGCGUACCGGCCGACGCAUCCGUCCGAGCCGGGAAAGAACGUCCCGCGUCCGGCCGAGAGAUUUCAUCGGCCAAAUCUAUCCGCUCGACCACGCCGGCCGACCGUGAAUCCGUCCGACCCCGACCGUUCCGACUCGGCCACAACCCGAUUGUCCGGCCGAUCGUCCCGCACGACCGUCCCAACGCCGCGGUCGACCCGAAGCCCUUUUUGAAGCCCAAACUUAUGUUUUCAAGCCCGGCUUAA